GCGCGUGACGUCGUCCACGCAGCGUGCGCGAUGACGUCACACCAUCGGUUCACCUCGCAGGUGCGAUCCUGCGUCGAGGCUGCGGUGGUGGUUGUUGUUGGUUGUUGGUGGUGGGGGCACGCAGAGAGGAGGAAGAGCGACGACAAACGAUGUCGGAGAGCAGCGGGGCUCGCGUGUGCUUCGAGGCGGAGGCGGGCGCCGAAGAGGAAGGAGAGUGCGAGGGGGAGGAGGAGGAGGAUGCCGGGGCUGGCGCAUCGGGCCGCAGGCAGGGCAAGGUGACGGUGAAGUAUAACCGCCGGGAGCUGCAGCGCCGCCUCGACCUGGAGGGCUGGGUGGACGAGAGGCUCACGCAGCUCUACGCCUGCCCCGAGGAAGAGAUGCCGGAGCUGGAAAUUGACAUCGACCAUCUCCUGGAGCUCAACACGGACGAGGAGAGGGCGGAGCAGCUACGGGAAAUCUUACAGGCAUGCGCCAACAGCCCAGAGGGGUUCAUCGCGGAUCUGCUGUCGAGCCUCAAAGGGAUGAAGAAACUCAACAACGGCAGUCGGAAGUGAUGGCUCCUGGGCUUCUACGGUCAAGCAGCUCACCCCCGGACUACAAGAAUCCUGUAGUUAAUGCGAAUGGCGAACUCGUUGGGCGAAUGGGCUUUUACAAGUAACCGGAGUGUCGCUUUAGUGUCUGGAAACUAUGCAAACCCGCACGCACGUCUGGCAUGCGAGAGGUGCCCGCUUGUUACCUGGGCCUGUGCUUCGUGUGCGUUGUGAGCCUUGCGUUUCGCAAGCUGGCCAAGGGAGAGCAUGCUGGGUGCCGUGAGUUCCAAGGCGGUGGCUUAUUGUUUAACGUCGGUCUUUGGGGCUCAGAAAUAUUAAUGCUGUAGUUACACUUUUGCAUUUUGCAACGGUGGUUUUAACGUUUUGGUUCGGUCACAGCACGGAAUAGACAUUUGUGUAGCACGUCGAGCUGAGCCGUCUCGAGCACAACUCGUAUAUUUGUAACUGUUUAACGUUAAUGAAUAAUAAAUCAGUUUUAACGACACUUGGACAACGUUAAUGGCACGCAAGUUACUUAAUCGCGUUACAAAAUGCAUAGCUUCAAAUGAGACCGAAAUCUUUUACGUUUAGCAGCAGGCAACAAUGUGUGCGAUUGCUUUUCGUGUUAAAUGCAUGACGGUGUUGA